AAUGGCUACACCAUCAUCAAUAUCAACUGUAAGUCAAAUAUCAGGAGUAAAUAAUGCAGUUGAACAACUUCAAGAGCUUGCCAUUCGAAUGAAGACAAAAGGGGUAGGAUUUAGCAGUGAAGAUGUUGACAGUGUCGAUUAUGUAAUUGAUGCCUUAAAUAAACUGGACGAGGAAAGAGAACUUAUUAGACAAAAGUUAGAAACAGAAACAAUAAAUGCAAGUGUUCUUAGGCAUGAACUGAAAGAAUUUCCUACAAUAAUUAAAAAGGAAAUUUCGGCUGCUGUCAGUGCGGCAAGGGCUGCCAAUGCCGAUAACAUUCAACGACUUAAACAGGAAUUAUUUGAUAUGAAUGAAAAUAUUGAAAGACUUGAAAACGAACAUAGACAAUUAGAUGUUGAAAAUGCUGAAUUAUUACCUCGCAGAGACGAAAUUCGAGAAAAACAUAACGAUAUUAUACACUCUUUGAACGAAAGAAUGGCCGAAAAAGCAGCAAAACAAAUAACUUUGAACGAAACAAGAGAUCAACUUCGAGAAACAAAUGAAAAGAUAUUAGACUUGGAGGAUGGAAUUACACAAUUAAAAGAAGCUUUAAUUGCUGAAAGGGCUCAAGUAAGAAUGGAGAAGAAAAAAUUAAAAAAGGCUGUUUAUGAUACAACCUUGAAAAGUAGGGAACAGCAAGAAUUAAAUACUGGUAAAAAAAAAGAAAUGGAUGGUUUAUAUGAACUAUUAACCGAAAGUGAAGAGAAACUAAGUCUAUUAAAGAAGACAAUAAGAAAAUUUGAACAAUCACGUAACGUUUUAACUGAAAAAGAAAAGAAUUUGUCGGAUCAAUUACGGCGAGAACAUCAGGAGAAUGAAGCUUUACGUGAAGAAGCGAAACGACUAAGAAUAGAAAGGGAAGAAGCUGAAAAGAAUUUUUCGCAAAUGAAAUCCGAAAGAUCAGACUAUAUAAAAGAGUUGAAAGCAAAUUCUGAAAAAUUAGCAUCUGAAUGCGACAUUCUUAAAAGAGAAAGAGAUGCACUUAUCGUUGAUUUAAAUGAAAAGUCUAAUAUACGUAAAAGAGAUUCAAAGAUUGUUAAAGAAAAGCAACAAAAGUUAAAUGAUUCAAAGACUGAAUUUGCUAACUUGGCCGAAGAUACCGCUAAAAUGAGACAAGAUAUAGUUGAAAUGGAAGAGAGAAUGAUUGAAUUAAAUGAGUCACACGAGGCAAUAGUCGCUACUCUGAAUAAACAAAUUGAGGAGGCAAGGCAGCAGUUAGGAAAGGAAAGGAAAGAACGAAUGGAAGCUCAAGCUAAAAGAGAUGAAGUACAGCAGAAAAUUGAUGAAGUUCGAUAUGAAGCCAAUAAAAGUAUGACUCUGAUGAGCAAAGCCAUUAACGAAGGCAAAAAGGAACACGAUAGUCUAGCUAGAGAGGGUACUCAACUUCAAAAAUCCAUUAGAGAAAACGAUUCUAAAAUCAAAAGUUUAGCAAUGGAAUUAACUAAUCUUCAAAAACUCUACGAAGAUAAAGUUCAAUCAUUUAAUAAAGAUAUUGCCGAUCACGAGGACGAAGAAGAGAAGCUAAAAUUGAAGAAAGAACAUUAUUCCGUAGUUAUUGGUGAAAAAACUGAACCGUUUAAACAAUUAGAAGCCGAGUACGAAGAAAGAACAAAAGCUUAUAAUGAAUUAAAAAGUGAAGUUGUUAGUUCGAAUAAUACUAGGAUGAUGUAUUUAGCCGAAUAUAAUAAACAUAAUACAGAAAUUAUAGAUAGAGUGGUUAGAAUUAGCUUAAGAUUUGACUUAAUUAAAUAG